AUGACUAGAUAUUUAAGAUCUGAUGCACCUCUAUUUUCUCCUGAAGAUUAUUCUUAUAUCUUACAGUGUCAUGAUAAAAAACCAAGAUAUAAAAUUAUAAAUGAAUUGAUGACUCAGUAUAAAACAUCGUCAAAACGUAUUUAUCAAAUAUGGAGAGGACAGGAACAUUCCAUUGACCCCAUGCUUAAUACGCAAAAUAAAUCUUUAGACUUAGCUUUUCAGACCAAUAUAACUGAAAUUUCACCAGUAGAAAAAAAGAAUCUGAUUACUGAAAACCUUAUUGAAUUAUGUACUGAACCACUAAUAGAUAAUGCAACACUCAAUAAGAAAUCGUCUGAUAUAAUAAGUUUUUAUUGUACUGCUUGUGGUCAUACUAAUUGA